AUGAUACCCACUAAGCUCCUCUCCGUCCUCGUCUGCGCGUUCCUCGUCGCCCAGGUUCUACCAUGUCUGGCUUUCCAAGAUAGCGUCGCAACCGCCGCACAGCGUCGCACACUCCCGCAGCGACGGUUCCUCGACGACGGCGACGACCCGUACGCCGACCUCUACGACUACAAGGACUUUCCCACCGACGACGCGCCCGACGACGGUUCCGCUCUGGUCAUCAAGGGCAUUACAGACGAGAACCCUGAUGGCAAUACCGACACCGACGUGAGCGACAGCCGCGCCAACGGUCUUCUUCCGCUCGGCACGCACGGCGGCCGGGUGCCGUACCCGACGAAAGACCCGUCCCCGCCGACGACGAGCGACAACGACACGGACGCGAGCCGCGGCGUGGAAGGCAUUCAAGGGGGGGGUGGCGUGUGGUGGCGCAACAACUCUGGAAAUGGCACCGCCGCGCCGCCUUCCUCGGCCGGCGAGAACCAGCAGAAGCAGGAGCAGGGGACGUCUGGCAGCAGCAGCCCCCCUAGCGGCAGCAGCAGCAGCAGCAGCAGCGGCAGCAGCGGGUUCAGCAUCAACGGCCUUCCCGAGGGAGCGUCGAUCGCGAUCGUCGUGGCGUGCUGUCUGGGCGGCAUCCUGCUCAUCCUCGGGUCGCUCCUCGUGUGGCGCAUGUGUCUCAUCGGGCGCGUCGUGCCGUCCGGCGCCCAGCACAAGGGCAAGGCUGUGAUGAUAGAGGACGAGGAGGAAGGCCCCGGCUCGCCGUCGUCUAUCCGAACAGCCUGA